AUGAGGGAGGGGACGGACCCGAUGGGACGGCCGCAGGCGAUGUCGACGCCUCCUCCGACUGUUCCUCGACCCGGCGACUACGAUUCUCAGCCUCACCCCUCCGAAGCCGCCCUUCUCCACCCCGACCUCCUCGCUCACUCGUCACAGCCUUACCAGCCCUUCUCCCCUACGACCGCCGCAUCCUUCUCACCCUCUCUGCAUGCUCCUCCCCCUCACGCUCUCCGCCCUUCACUCUCCAACCGCCCCCUCAGUGCCCUCGAGCUCCUUCAACGCGCGAACGGCUUCCCUGCGUCAAGAGGCAGUGGAGCGCCGGACUCGCCUAGCCCUAGGCCGGGGAGCGUUGCGGCUCUGAGGCUGAGCGAAGCGGAGAAGAGUCGGCUGGAGGGGCGGAAUGGCGGUGAGGAGCGAGGGGAGGGGAGUAGCGCUGCGAGUGCGAGGCGAAGGAGGGGGAGCGGCGGGACGGACGCUUCGUUGGAUUCCAUCGCGCGAGUAGCGGAAGCUGCACUCCACGAGUUCGAUUCGAUCGUCUCACAACGAGCAGUAGCCGACUCAACAGGCCGACCAGCCUCACGACUACGCGAUAUCCCUUCGCCUCCUCGAACUGCCUCACCUCCGACUUCUCAGCCUGCGGCGAGUCAUCCGCCCUACCGAGCUUUUGUGGAGGAGUCAGCGCAGGAUGUGAACGUGCAGCUCAUCCAAGAACUACGAGAAGCGCAAGACUACAUCGCCUAUCUGCAGCAAGAGCUAAGAAGCAUCAACGAGGUCGUCGUACAGCUUCGAGAGCGGCCGGCGGACGCGCCGCAGCCUCCUCGACUCGAGCAAGAGGCGAGUUCUGCACAGGCUGCUUUCGAAGUCAUAAAGCACACCUUCGCCAUGCUCCCCUCUCUCCCGCCUACGGCUUCCGCACCCGCACCCCAACUCGACUCAAUCAGCCGCGCGCUCGCGUUCACUCGCUCGAUCGACCGCCUCGCACACCAGACACCCCGAGAAAGACGGGACGAAGACGUCUUUGCGGUGGAGAACCUGCAGGACGUGUUAGGGGAGGUGGAGCGCUGGGAGCGCGAGGCGAGGCGGGCGGAGCAAGGAUGA